AUGGACAAUCCAAUGAUUUCACCGGUUGAAGCCAGUGGUCAAGAUGAGUGUGUUGAUUAUAAGCCUUGGAUUGGCAUGAAGUUCAUAUCGGAGAUUGAGGCAUUUGAUUUUUACAAUCGGUAUGGAGGAAUAGUUGGGUUUACUGGACAUCGGAAAAAGGACAAGAGAGAUGUUAACACGACCAAGCCUCGUGCAGAAACCAGAACCGAUUGUCCUGCAAGAAUGGGAAUUUCUAUACUGAAGAAUGGAGGGUAUGAAUGUAAGGAUUUUUGUGAUGAUCACAACCAUGAACUUCGUACACCAGAUUCUACUCAUUUUAUGCGGUCUCAGCGUAAGAUAUCAAAGGUAGAUGCCUAUGAAAUAGAUAUGGCUGAUGAUACUGGCAUCAGGCCCAAGGCCACUUUUGAUUUAAUGGGUAUGCAAGCAGGGGGAAGAGAAAACCUCGGUUACACCAAGGAAGAUCUUAGGAAUCAUCUUCGAACCAAACGUCAGCGUGAUUUAUCUUAUGGUGAAGCUGGGAGUUUGUUAGUAUAUUUUGAGAAACAGACAAGGUUGAACCCAUCUUUUACAUACUUUUUGCAGAUGGAUAAUGAAGAGCAAAUAACAAAUAUAUUUUGGGCAGAUCCGAGGAUGAUCAUUGAUUAUUCAUUGUUUGGUGAUGUUGUUAUCUUUGACACUACAUUUUUCACAAACAAAAUGUAUAGACCAUUUGGUGUUUUUGCUAGGUUCAACCAUCAUAGGGGUGUAACCAUAUUUGGAGCUGCACUUCUAUAUGAUGAGACAGCUGAGUCUUUCAAAUGGUUGUUUCAGACAUUCUUGGAGGCACAUGGGCAAAAGAAUCCUAUAACCAUAUUUACUGAUCAAGAUGCUGCAAUGGCAAAAGCAAUAGUUGAGAUUUUACCUAAGGCAUGGCAUGGAUUAUGUACCUGGCACAUAAUGCAAAAUGGGAUAAAGCAUCAUGGUAAUCUGAUGAAGCAUGGAUCACCUUUUCUUAAGGAUUUGAAUAAAUGCAUAUUUCAUUAUGAAGAUGUAGAGGAGUUUCAGAAUGCUUGGAAAAAGUUGCGUGAUGAUUACCAACUCGAGAAUAUUUCAUGGCUAUAUCGGAUCUACAAAAUUAAAGAGAAAUGGGCACGUUGUUAUAUGAAAUACACUUUCACAUUAGGUGUGAGGAGCACACAACUAAGUGAAAGUAUUAACAGUGAUUUGAAAGAGUAUUUGAGACCCGGUUUAGAUCUUAUAAGAUUUUUUAAGCAUUUUGAACAGGUAGUGGAGGAUAAACGUGCUAAUGAAUUGAAGGUUGAAUUUGAUGCAAAAAAUAAUAUUCCUAAGAACAUAAAUUCCAAGUCACCAGUACUGAGACAAGCAGGAAAAGUUUACACCCCUUAUAUAUUUGAGCGCUUUCUAGAGGAGCAUGAUUGGAUGAGUGCUUGUGUCAUAAAAUCCCAUAAGGGGGAUGAUGUCUUCUGUGAGUAUGUGGUCGGAUUGGUUGACGAGGAAAUGAAGCUUAUGGAAGGGGAAUAUGUGGUCUUGUAUAAUGCAUCUGAGCAACUAAUAGAAUGUAGUUGCAGAAAGUUUGAGACAUUUGGCAUCCUUUGUUGCCAUGCUUUGAAAAUCUUGGAUGUGCUAAAUUUUAAGUGUAUUCCUGAAAAGUAUAUUUUAAGGAGAUGGACACGGGCAGUAAAAAGCUUUGUGGUGGAUGACAGUAAUGGUAAACAAGUUGAAGAAGAUGUUCAGAGGAGUUGCACACAGCGUUUUAAGUUUCUUUGCCCAAAAUAUAUUCAGCUAGUAAACCAAGCUUCUAAUACAGAAGCUGGUUUUGAGAUAGCCAAAAUGAAUGUCGAUUUGUUGUCCAAACAGCUUGUAGCACUAGAUGUCGAUAGUCCCAAUAUAGAAGCUUCUUCAUUUGAAUGCUUUGAUGUCAACACUGAUUUGGGGCUCAAAAAGAAAGAAUGUACGAAAGGUAAUAGCAGCAAGAGGCAUAAGGGUUGGAGUGAGAAUAUGGGCAAGCAGAAGACCAAGAAUGGAGAAAAAGCAUACAAAAGCCAUAGCUCAGUUGAAAUAGAAAAUACUCAAGAUAUGGAAAACACUCAAGAUAUAGAAAGAUUUCAAGAUCUAGAGAACCUUCAAACUUUCAUAUCAUCAGGAUUCCCAUCUCAAGAUUUGGUUUCGUGUGAUGUUCGUGAUGCAUCUCAACCAAUCAACACCCCUCAAACUUUCACGUCUCUUUUAUUGGGAGGAGGUUCUUCACAAGGUUCAACACCACCACCUAUACUACAUCCAUCUCAAUAUCAAGGACCAGGUGAAUAUGUGAAAAACCUCAUUCGUAAUGUUCACAGCUUCUUUUCAUUUGCUGUUGGUGAUGAUUUUCUCAAGAAUGACAUCCGGAUUAAGUAUAAAAAUAUAAGAGAAAGGUGGGACUGGAUUUUAGAGUUGUGCAAUUGUGAACAGCAGUCAUGA